AGAAGACAACUGUAUAUCACAGAUGGCAGCACAUAUGCCACUAUCACAUUGUGGGGAGAACAAGCUGAUUCCCUCGAUGUCGAUGAGCUAAUAGCGGCAUCAGCUGAAGGGCCAGUUAUAGUUCUCUUUGUUGGCAUGACAGUUGGCGAGUAUUCAGGUUCACUUGCCCUUCAAAGUACAUCGGUCACAAGAUGCUAUGUAAAUGCACCGCUCCCAGAGAUUGCUGAUGUCCGAGAAAGUACAAAAGAUCUUCCGUACCGCAUAGAGUGGCACACUGGAAAGAACAAAAAUGAUGCUGAGGCAAUACCAUCAUCAAUCACAGAGAUAUCAACAUUUGAACCUAAUGAUAUUAUGGGGAUGCGUUACAAAUUAUCUGCAAAAAUCACUGAGAUCCAUGAAGGUGAUGGGUGGUAUUAUAUAAGCUGCACAGACUGUUGGAAAAAACUAAUCCCAGAAAACGGGAACUACAGGUGUCCUGAUUGCACCACAACUGUACCUCUACCAAGGUACAGAUUUGUUGCCCGAGCAAUUGAUACUAACUCAACAGCCAGCGAUGACACAAAAUUUGCAGACCUCUAUUUCUUUGGCCCGAAAGGGGAAGCUGCCAUUGGACAAAAAGCACUAUCACUUCUGGCAAGUGUUAAUAAACAGCCUACCAGACUACCGGAUGCCCUGCUUGCUAUUGUACGAAAAUAAUUCAAUGUUGUUGUCACUCCAAGGCAUGAAUCAUUAGAUGCUUACCAUAUGCAUUUUCAGGUCGAGAUCGUAGACCCUAUUAUCCAACCCACUGUCGGGCACGAACAAGCCACACCUGGUCCAUCUACAAGUCAGGUCCCUCAGGAUCUCCUUGCUUUACAACCAACUGAGAAAGCUCAGGCUGCUGAGGAAAUGUCAACCCCACCACCAUCAACAGAUGCUACCCCUCAGCAUCCUCCUUCUGGAUCAUCUGCAAAAACGAAACGUAAGAACAACGGUGGUGGCAAGGCUCCAAAAAGCAAGAAAGGUCUCCAGUUCUCGGAGGAAGAAUGAAUUUCCUCAUAAUCUCCUCCAACCAGCAGCUUUAAUGAAAACUACUUUCUAUUUAGCACCUACUCUAGCCGUAGACAUAUGCGCUCUGUUUUGGUCGUUAUGAGCGCAUUGUUCUGCGCCUGAACUA